AUGAAAUACCUAUUCUGGGCUCAUCUCGGCAAAGAAAUCACAAAAUUCGGAUUCUAUUUGACCGCGUUUUCCUCCACACUUUUCAUUAUUCUCACUCUUUUUUAUGUGAAGGAAAAGAUUGGAAGCUAUCGAUACUUGUUACUAUUGCUACCGAUUACUGGAUUCCUUUUGGCAUCUUUUGAGUAUAUGCUUGACUUGUUCUUCCACUGCUACAACCACGCGCUCGUCCACUUCCGAUUCACCAGCUUCCAAAGCCUGUCAUAUGAAGUCAACACAAGUUUUCUAUCCCUCUUCCCUGGACUCUACGGUGCAACUAUUUCCACAUUAGCUCUCCAGUUUGUCUAUCGAUACUGGCUGAUUUUUCAACCGCACAACAUCCACCGCUUCUUCGACGGGCCCCGCUUCAUAUUCCCCGUAUUCUAUACACUUUUCACCGGUGCCACCUGGUUUUCCGGCUCAAUUUUGUUCACCAGACUAGACUCGAAAUGUGUGAAAUAUCUGGAAAAAGAGAUAUUGAAUUGUUAUGGAUUAGUGAUAGCUGAGCAGCCAGCGCUAGCUUUCGUCGCCUACGACAAUAAUGGAGAUCUCCGUUGGGAGAGUUUGGUUGGGAUGGGGUCGAUGAGUAGCUCGAUGACUUUUCAAUACGCUAUAAUCAUCUAUUGUGCAUGUAUUAUGGGUUUGAAAAUGCAGGAAAAGAUUGCGAUGCUUUCAUCGAAAUCUCAGAGGAUGCACCGCCAAUUCUAUCAUGCUUUGGUAAUUCAGAUAACUGCUCCAUCAAUCACCUUGUUCUCCCCUGUAUUCUUACUGUUUUUCGCGCCAUAUCUUGAUAUCGAAAUGAGCUUCCCUGGAAUAUUUAUGAGUGCAUCUGCUUGCUAUCCAGCUAUGGAUAUACUCAUUAUGAUUUAUAUGGCAACGUUUUAUAAGAAUGCGUUGAUAGAUUUCCUGAAAACCGUAUUACUGAUGAAUCGGGGAACAACGCAAAAGAUUAAAAGUGUGAUACAGAGAUAUCAAGAGACUCAGAUGAACACAGUAACCACAAGAGCUACAAGACCGGAUAACUGA